AUGGGAGACCCCUUCGGCCGCUGGAGCAGCGCCCCGUCACGGAGUGAAUAUGAAGACAGGACCCCGCUCCGACGUUCCAACAGCUUCGUCCGCCUCACCGGGAAAAGCAUCUACAACCAGCGCAAGGACUACGGGCAGAGCCUGCUCAAGCUCCAGAACGAUUUCCAGCACCACGUUGAGCACCUGCUCACGAUGCACCUGGAGCGGGACCUCCGCAGUGCCGAGGAUUGUCUGGGGCGCCUGAAGGACCUGGAGGCGCAGGGACGGAUCUGGGGGCAGGAUGUCAUCUUGGCAGUCAAGGACCAGGAGUUGGUGCUGAGCGAUGUGGAGAGCAAGGAGGAUCUGGAGGCUUUCCCGCUGGGAAGUGUCCAGGGAUGCUCCGCUGGGCUGGACAACACGGUGCUGGCCAUCAGCGUCCAGGAGAGGAACCCGCCGAGGACCAGCGUGCUGCUCUUCCAGUGCGAGCGGCUGGGGGCACAGAUGCUGAGGGGCAGCCUGGAGAAGGUGUUGAGGCAGAGGAAGGAGGAGCAGAGCAAUCACUACGGGCACAGGCUCAGCUCAUCCUCACCUUCCCCCUCCCCAUCCCUCUUGUCCCGGAGCAGCCCGGACACGCCACCGAGCCCGGCCCCCCCGUACGCGGCCCUGGAGCGCUGGGCAGAGGCCCUCGAGCCAGACUCCCCCGUGCCCCCUCAGCGUGGGAUGCCCCCCCAGCGUGGGCUGUUCUCCUCGGACUACCGUGUGCCGGAAGCCCCACAGGUGCCGCGGACCCAACCCCCCGCCCGGGCUGUGUCCGAGGUGGACCGAGAUAUUGUAAGUCCCAACCCACCUCCCAUGGAUGGGGACACCGCAGCCUCCACCCAGCACACACCGUCCCCCCUGCACCCACAGGAGGUUCUCAACCACGUCCUGGCGGACCUGGAGCUCUUCACGGGCCGGCUGAAGACGGCCCUGAACUCGGCCAGCACAAAGAAGAAAAAGCAGAAGAAGAAGUCAUCACUGCCCCCGAAGGAUGACUACACGGAUUUCUUCCAGAAGGUGAAAUACGCCCUCAACCUCAUGGGACGGACCCACCCCUACAUGUCGGACCCCAACCCCCCCGAGCUGCUGCGCCUCAUCUUCUCAGCUCUGUCCUUCGUCCUGGCCCACUGCCCCAGCCCCGGCCUGGCCCCGGCGGUGGAGAGUCCGCUGCUGCUGCCGGCGGCGCUGGAAUUCCUUGAGGACAACCUGAACGAUGACGACUACGGCGUCUGGAAGAGCCUGGGCACUGCCUGGAACAAGUCCAGGGCUGAGUAUCCCAACAGCGCCCUGGUGCCCCCGUACACCCCGGUUUUUUCGGACGGGUGGCUGCCCCCGGUGAUGGAGCAGGAACGCCACAGGGGUCUCCAGGACACCCCACGGCCUGCCUCAGUUUCCCCAACUCCCUUGCGACACCCUUCCCUGUCCCUGCCCCCCGCACAGCCACCGGUCACCAGCUGGAGAGACAGCCCCAGCCAAGUAUCCCCACUCCCUGCACAGGGGCUGGUCCGAGCCCUGUACGACUUCCAGGCCAGAAAUUCGCAGGAGCUGAGCGUCAGGAAGGGGGACACUCUGCAGGUCUUGGACCAGCAGAGGAAGUGGUGGCUGGUGCAGGACGAGCGGGGGGAUAGGGGACACGUCCCGGGCAACAUCCUGGAGCCCCUCCCGGAGCCGGGGCGCAGCGGCAGACAGGACAGUCCCCCCACCCUGCACCCCAACUCCUCGCCGGCAGAGGUGACGGCCUGGCUGAUGGACAAGGGCUUCUCGCGGCUCACGGUGCGGACCUUGGGGGUGCUGCCAGGACACGAGCUGCUGCAGAUGAGCCCGGCCGAGCUGCGAGGCGUCUGUCCCGAGGAGUGGCGGAGGGUUCUCUUCAAGCUGUCCCCCAUCAGGACAUCCAUGGGGGUGAGGGACUCCCACCCCCGCACCCCCACCCCAUCUCGGGACUUUCGGAGCCUCGGCCCCACGCCCCCUCCCCACCCCGGGGCUGGCCUUGCGGGCCAGGGACCUCCACCCCCACGUCCCCUCUCCGGCCCAGGGUGGUCCUGGGGGUGUGGGAUCCCCGGCUCCGCGCUCCUCCUCACUCCCGGGCUGUCCGUGGGUGUGAGGGGCCCCACGCCCGCGCCCCCUCCUCACUCCCGGACGGAUCCUGUGGAUCUAUCCCACGAACUGAGCCACCGAGCCCACGCUGAUGUCCCCAACAUGUCACCACCCCGGAUGGAGCACCCCGGGAACGGCUGA